ACCCCUACAUGUUGAAAAUUACAUUCUCACCCUAUGGUUAAUAGGCUCAUUUCAUAAACUUUGCAUAUAUAAAAUGUAACAACUCUUACUAAAAAAACAAAGAAAAUUAUAUUAAAAAAUAAAAAAGUAAAGGAAAUGGGAAAAAAGAGAAAGUAAGGCAAAGUAAAAAAAAGAAAAGUUGCAUGAGUUCCAUAUCUUCAUUCUGUCUAAAUAAUUACGAUGAUAAGGGAGUUAGUGUAAUUUUUUAAACGUCAGGAGUGAUAUGUAUUAACCUCAAAUCUCAGGGGUAUAAGUGUAAUUUACCCUUAAAAGAAAAAGGUAUGGAAUCUGCUAGUGGUUUGGAUGUGUACACCUAUGAAGAGCUGGAGUCUAUCACAAAGGGAUUCAGCACUGAAAACUUUAUCAGGGAUACCCAAUUUGGAAAAGUGUUCCGGGGCAAAAUUCAACAUGGUUUGGGAACCCAAGAGGUUACAGUUAAAAUUUGGGAAGAUUGUAAGAUAAGUGUGCACAAUCGGAAGCCCCAAGAAUCUCGUUUGAGAGAUGAAAUCAAGUUACUGACUAAUUCAGGCGUGAAUUGGCUUCCAAACUUGGUGAAGUUGAUUGGAUAUUGCUGUGAAAAUGGACGGUUGGGUGUUGUAUAUCAGCUACAACCACUUGAUACUGUAGAAAACCUACUCAUACAAGAUGAUUUUAAGUGGAUUGCUCGAAUCAAAGUAGCACUUGGAUUUGCACACACUCUUGAAGUUUUACACGGGCAAGAACUCUUGCUUCGAAAUGUUGAUGGAAAUCAUAUAAUGGUUGACAAGGCUUUCAAUCCCAUAUUGUUCGACUUCAGUAUGCUUGUUGGAGGAGUGUUUGGUGGAAUUCCUCAAAAGGAAUAUUUUUGGGGGCGUCGUGCCUAUGUGGAUCCAUACAUUUGCAAGAUAGGUGAUUGGUUGGACAAAACAGAUGUUUUUUGCUAUGGUGUUCUACUUCUGGGGCUUAUAAGCAAAAGAGUGUAUGAUCUGAAUGAACGUGAGCGCUUGGGAGAUGAUAUUAUUGUUCAUUUGUGGGCCAAGAGAAAGUACAAAAAACGCAAGUGUAAGUCGCUUGUGCAUAACAGUCUUAAGAAUGAUCCAUUCUUUGAUGUUCGUGAUGGAGUUGAAAUCACGAAAUUGGCAAUGCGUUGUGUACGUGAUGAUCCAAAGCAACGACCAACGAUGAGUGAAGUUGUUUGCUGUUUGCAAGAAUUAUUUGUGUUCUUACGUUCACAUACUAGGCAUCCCUAAGAUGAUUGUUGUUGGAGGUGGGGAUGCUAUACUACUGUACUGUCAGAAUCAAACAAUUAGGGUACUGGAUGUUCUAUUUAGUUGUUUGUUUCUAUUUUCUUGGAUCAAAGCUGUGUAGGUACUACUAACAAUGAAUUGCUGGAUGAUAGCUCUUGGCAUAUAUUAACUGUAAUGAUGAACCCACUAGAUCUCUAGUUUAGGAGCCUUGUGUACUAUUAUUCUCGCUUUCAAGAGAAUUUGCUUGUUCCCUUAAAAGCAAUUUCAUCAUGGGGAAUCUUACAGUAAA